UAUAUUUUUCAAUAACUAAACUUUAAUGAUCAUUAAUAGUGUGACAUGAGCAGUAGAUUUUCUACAAAGGCAUCAAGAGAGUUGACACGUGUAUAUAUCAUAGCCAGUUGAUUUUGUUCGUUGAACCCUCGACGUUUGGGACAAUAGAUGCCUAAAAGAGAUAAUUGUGAUUAUUAUCUUUGCGAUAAUGAAUGGCUGAACCAUAUGGCUGAUGUUUUUUCGUCAAAUCAGUUUGACUAUAUAAAACGACGAUACCUGAUGUUUGUAUUGGGACUGGAUUCAUAUUUAGAGUGCGUAUCAGCAGAAAUAAUACCCAAGGCUCACACGUGGAAUAUCACCGCCAGAUUUAUUGAUCAUGGAUUAAUAAUUCGGAUUAUUAAAAAAUCACUGUUACGCGAAGUAAGUACACCAGCAAAUUAACACGGAAAAUUUUUAUCAAUAUAGAUUUGAGAGUUUCAGUUAAAAAUUUAAUUAUUGAUCUGUAUUCAAUUUGAACAAGUGCAAAAAAUAGAAAAUAUAAAAAAUGGAAUCCAAAUUAAGUGUGACAACUGAAAGAAAUAUUCUGCAAGAUUUAGAUGAUCUUGAACAAGGCUCUAAACUUAUUUGGAUUGUUCUGUUUGUUAGUAUAUCAGUGUCAUUGCUUAAUGGAUUUCAUACUAUGUCUUACAUAUUUGUUGCUGAGGUACCCGAACACUGGUGCUCAAUUCCAGAACUUGAAAAGUUUAAUUGGACAGCCGAACAGAUAAAAAAUAUUUCGGAAGUAGAUGAAUGUCAUAUAUAUAAUUUUAAUUAUAAAGAUCUUGCGGGUUUUAAAUAUGAAGAUGCGGUAAAAUAUGUAGAAGAUAUGAAAUUCAAUACAAGCGUAAUUCCUUGUUCUUCGUUUGUUUUUGAUAAAAAUGGGAGAUCAACAAUUGUUAAUGAGUGGCAACUAGUUUGCGAUAAAAAAAUAUACCGUGCCAAUACAUUUCUUGCGUAUGCAUUUGGAAAACUUAUGGGUGACGGAAUUUUGGGAAUAUAUUCUGAUAAGUACGGAAGAAAACAAGCAAUGAUUGUGAGUUUGAUAUUACAAGCGAUUUCUGUACCUGCAAGUGCGUUUAUCCCAUGGUACUGGGCAUAUUUUGGGUUUAAAUUCAUGACUGGAAUGAGCAUCAGUUCAAUGUAUUCAUGUGCAUAUACUAUCUUGUCAGAAGUUACUAAAAAUAAAAAAAAAAAUCUCUUUGGCGCUAUCAUUGAUUCCAUGUUUUCAAUUGGAACUUUACUGCUCAUAGGAAUUGCGUAUUUUUUAACAAACUGGCGAUAUUUACAAUUGGCAUUAUCAUUUUUUACUCUUAUUACAAUUAUUCUUGUGUGGUUUCUUCCUGAAUCACCUCGAUGGUUAUUAUCUCAAUCUCGUCAUGAAGAAGCCCAAAAAAUAGUCGAAAAAUAUUCUAAAACUUCUAAAACAACAGCCCUCAUUCCAGCAAGUUCAAACCUUUCAUCGUCACUAUCAGAAAAUGAAGAUACUAAAAAAAAAGGUUUAAAAAAAUGUUUUGGAAAAACAAAAAUUCUCUUUGCGGAUUCGAUUUUGAGAAAAAAAAUUCUUAUAAUGUAUUAUCUCUUCUUCAUAACUUUAUCAGUCGGCUAUUGCCUUAUCUUCAACAUUGAUACUUUUGAUACGAAUCGUUAUAUUUACACAGCAAUUACAGCCACCGUUGACCUGAUAGCAAUUAUACUGGUGCUAAUAACCCUGUUAUAUUUAAGUUGUCAAAAAGCGUGUGCCAUAAUUAAUACGAUUGUAGCCAUAUGUAUGCUAUCGAUAGUAGCUGUUCCUAGAGAGCAUGUGUAUAUAGUUAUGGCAUUAACGUUUAUAUCUAAAUUUUGCUUAAUGGCCAAUUUUACUGUCAGCAUGUUGCUUGCUUCAGAAUUGUUUCCAACGAGUGUACGAAAUUCUGCACUUGGUUCAAGUUUACUUAUGGCUCAAUUGGGGUCAAUGUCAAGCCCAUAUAUUGUUGAUUUUCUUGGUAAUGUUGCCUGGUUUGCUCCUACAACAUUAUGCGGUAUUCUAACACUUAUUGCAGCAUUUCUUUGUCUACUUAUACCUUCUUGAACAAUGCCGUUUUUAUUUCAAUUAAUACCAGACUGUAAGUUUUUUUU